GUUGCAGUUGUCAUUGUUUAUCUGGCCCUGCCAGGUUCAAAUCCUCCAGCCUCGGUGUACGUGGCCGGCGCCCUACCCACUGAGCUAAGGGCCCGCUGACUCCUUGCUCUUUUAAACAGUGUUGAGUGUUCUUUCUCUCCACUGGGCUAAACUUCCUGCAACCCCAUGAAUACUGCCCACUAGAGGACUUGGGUGGGAUAUGCAAAAAGACUGGAGAAUGAAAGCAAAAAAUGUUAACAGCGGAGCCAAUCAAAUCAUAAAGCCUGAUGUAGAGCAAUAGCUAAAGGUUAUUUGGCAUUUCUGUGAAGGCGGGCAAUAGGCAUCAUCCUGGAAGACCAAGAAUACUUACCUUUCAAAGGUUUUAGGUUGGUUGAGUGGGGCAGCAUGUUACUUUGCUGUCUUAUUGACUGUUGCAAUAUAGGAUUCCAGCUGGCUUCUGCUGAGACGCUUUUGUUUAAGGUUUAGCCCCCCGGAGCCAUUGUGUUCCAUAGUUCUUCCUUCCUUUUGGCUGAAUCUCUGAAGGGAUUGGUUUCAGCACAGGUCACUGAACAACGAAGAUAGAGUGCCUUAUGCUCAAAAUGGAUGGCCUAUGCUUGCUCUGGUUUUGGAGUUCUUUUGACCAACCUGUCAGAAGGAUUGACUUCUAAAGAAUCCAGUUACACCAAGAAGCCCAGAAAAGGAAAGAAAAGGAUUCAGAAAUGGCUGUGCCUCAGAGCCCUUUGACAUUCAAGGAUGUGACCAUAGAAUUCUCUCAGGAGGAAUGGACGUGCCUGGACCCUGCUCAGAGGACUUUAUACAGGGACGUGAUGUUGGAGAACUAUAGGAACCUGGUCUCCGUGGGUAUCUCUUCUACAUGUGUGUUUAAUGAAUUGUCAGCUAUAGAGAGCAAUAGUACAGAAGAAAUAUCCCCCACAAUGAUGUUGGAAAGGAAUGAAAACCAUGACAAUGAAAACUUUUGUUUUAGGGGAAUCCAGAAGAAUAUAUAUAAAUUUGGAGGUCAGUUGAGAGAAGAUAAAAGACAUUGCAGUGGAGUCCAUAUCACUCCUCUGAGAAAUCUCCCUGGUAGGAGAGAUCACUAUGAUAGGAAGGAUUCAGUAAACAAGCUUGUUAAUAAUCAGCUGGUAUUGAACACCCAGUCAUAUCUAUCAGAACUGCAGCUAUUUAAGAUUAAAGAGAAAAUUUAUGAAUGUAAUCCUAUGGCUACACCUGUCAACAGUGAUUUCUUGGUUUCCCCACUGCAUAGAAUUCCUCCUAGUAUGAAACCCCACUUUUCUCAUGAACAUAACUAUGAUCUUAUGCAUUCAUUAUUCCCACAAAGAGAGAAACCACAUAAAUGGACUGAGUGGGACAAGGCAUUUCAUCAAGGGUCACAUUUGAAUAUUCAUCAAAUAAUUCAUGAGGAAGAGGAUCAAUUUAAAUCUGAUAUAUGUGCCAAGGUGUUCAAUAAAAAAUCAAGCCUUAGAAGUCAUCACGGAGUCCAGGCUACAAAGAAAACUUACAAGUGUAAUGAAUGUGGGAAGGUCUUCAAUUACAUUUCACGACUUGCACAGCAUCAGAGAAUCCACACUGGAGAGAAACCUUACAAAUGUAAUGAAUGUGGAAAGCUAUUCCACACAAGUUCAAAACUUGCACAGCAUCAGAGUAUUCAUACUGGAGAGAAACCUUACAAAUGUAAUGAAUGUGGAAAGGUAUUCCGUGUAAGUGCAUUCCUUGCACAGCAUCAGAGAAUUCACACUGGCGAAAACCCUUACAAAUGUAACGAAUGUGGCAAAAUGUUCAUUUGGAAAUCAUCCCUACAAAGGCACUGGAGGAUUCAUACUAGAGAAAAACCUAGAGAGAAACCUCACAAAUGUAAUGAAUGUAGCAAAAUGUUCAGUGAUAAAUCAUCCCUAGGAGCACACCAGAGGAUUCAUACUGGAGAGAAACCUUAUGAAUGUAAUGAAUGUGGAAAAGUAUUCCGUAAAAGUUCAGCUCUUGCACGGCAUAAGAGAAUUCACACAGGAGAGAAACCUUACAAAUGUAAUGAAUGUGGAAAGCUAUUUCAUGAAAGUUCAAAACUUGCACAGCAUCGAAGUAUUCAUACUGGAGAGAAACCUUACAAAUGUAAUGAAUGUGGAAAGGUAUACCGUUUAAGGGCAUCCUUUGCACGGCAUCAGAGAAUUCACAGUGGAGAGAAUCCUUACAAAUGUAAUGAAUGUGGUAAGGUAUUCUGUGAAAGUUCAGCUCUUACACAGCAUCAGAUAAUUCACACUGGAGAAAAACCUUACAAAUGUAACGAAUGUGGCAAAAUGUUUAAUCGGAAAUCAUCCCUACAAAUGCACUGGAGGAUUCAUACUAGAGAGAAACCUUACAAAUGUAAUGAAUGUAGCAAAAUGUUCAGUUAUAAAUCAUCCCUAGAAGCACACCAGAGGAUUCAUACUGGAGAGAAACCUUACAAAUGUAAUGAAUGUGGAAAGUUAUUCCAUGUAAGUUCACAACUUACACAGCAUAGGAGAAUUCAUACUGGACAGAAACCUUACAAAUGUAAUGAAUGUGGCAAAAUGUUCACUCGUAAAUCUUCCCUACAAAUACACUGGUGGAUUCAUACUGGAGAAAAACCUGAUAAAUGUAAUGAAUGUGGAAAGGUAUUUAAGUGUGUUUCACACCUUGUGAAACAUCAGAGAAUUCACACUGGAGAAAAACUUUAAAAAUGUAGUGAAUGUGGCAAAAUGAUCAGUAGCAAGUGAUCCCAAGAAAAGCACUGAAAGUUUAAUGCUGAGAGAAACCUUAUAAAUGUAAUGAAUGUUAAAAUGUCUUCAGUCACAUUUCACACCUUGCAUGACAACUACGAAUUCAUACUGGUGGGAAACCUUAUAAGUCUAAUAAAUAUUGGAAAGUGUUCAGUCAGAAUUCACACUUGUAAAUCAUUGGAGAAGUCAUAGUGGAGCUUAUAGGAAUGAUGAAUAUGGCAGUCUUUGGUCACAAUUCAUGUCAUAUUUAUUAUUGGAGAAUUCUUUUUCUGUUUUAAUCUUUUUGUUUUUUGCGUGUUUUUUUGUUUUCAUUAAAUCGUAACUGUGUACAUUGAUGCAUUUAUGGGGUUCAGUGUACUGAUUUGAUAUACAAUGUGAAUGCUUACCUGGAACUGAUUAACACAUCCAUCACAAGUAUACUCUUUUCUAGUUUUGAAAUGUACCGUUGCAUCAUGCACAUUAGGUGAAGUCCCCCCAGAUACCCUCCCUCUUCCUGCCUUCCUUGUCCCCUCCUCUUUCUUUCCUCUUCCCUUCUACUUUAUGGACUACAGUUAUGGUUUACCAUUCAUAUGAAUGUGUAGGGGAUUAUAUAUUGAUUUCAUAGUAGUACUGAGUACAUUGGAUACUUUUCUUCCAUUCUUGAGGCACUUUUCUAAGAAGAAUAUGUUCCAGCUCCAUCCAGGUAAACAUAAAAGAUGUGAAGUCUUCAUCUUUUAUGGCUGCAUAGUAUUCCACAGUGCCCAUAUACCGCAGUUUAUUAAUCCAUUCAUGUGUCAGUGGGCACUUGGGCUGUUUUCAUGUUUUGGCAAUUACAUUCUGGUGCAAAUGUCUUUGUUGUUAAAUGAUUUUUGAUCAUCUGGGUAAUUACCUUGUAGAGGAAUUGCAGCAUCAAACCAUAGGUCUACUUUCUUGAGUAUUCUCAAACUUCUUUCCAAAAGGCUAUAUUAGCUUGCAUUCCCACCAGUAAUGCAGAAGUGUUCCCUUCUCUCUGCAUCCAUGCCAACAUCUGUAGUUUUGGGAUUGUGAUGUGGGCUAAUCUUACUGCAGUAAGAUGAUAUCUCAAAGUGGUUUUGAUUUGCAUUUCUCUGAUGAUUAAAGGUGGUGAGCAUUUUUUCAUGUGUUUAUAGGCCAUGCACCUGUCUUCAUCAGAGAAGUUUCUGUUCAAAUCUCUUGCCCAUAUAGAAAUGGAGUUAUUUGUUCUUUUCUUAUUGAUUAGUUUGAGUUCCCUGUGUAUUCUAGUUCUAAAACCUUUGUCAGAAGCAUAACCUGCAAAAAUAUCCUUCCAUUCUGAAGGUUGUCCAUUUGCUUUACUUACUGUGCUCUUGGCUGUGCAAAAGCUUUUUACUUUCACAGGAUCCAAAUAAUGGAUUUUUGGUGUUGCUUCAAUUGCCCAGGGCAUCCUCCUCAUAAAAGAUCCUCCCAGGCCGAUUUGUUCAAGUGUUCUCCCUGCACUCUUCUAGUAUUUCUAUAGUUUCAUGUUUUAAGUUUAAAUUUUUUUUUCUUUUUUUUGCAGUUUUUGGUCGGGGCUAGGUUUGAACCCACCACCUCCUGUAUAUGGAGCCGGUGCCCCACUCCUUUGAGCCACAGGUGCCGCCCUAAGUUUAAAUGUUUUAUCCAGUGAGAAUCAAUUUUUGUUAAUGGUGAAAGGUAUGGGGGUCAGUUUGUUUUCUAUAGGUCACUAGCCAGUUCACCCAGCACCAUUUGUUAAAUUGGAAGUCUUUCCCUCUCUGAAUAUUUUUGAUAGGCUUAUCAAAGAUGAAAUGAGGAUAGCUAGUUGGGUUCAUCUCUUGGUUCUGUAUUCUGUUCCAUACAUCUACCUCUCUGUUUUUGUGCCAGCACCAUGCUGUUUUGAUCACUGUAGAUUUAUAGUAUAGAUGAAAGUGUGGUAAUGUGGUACCUCCUGAUUUGUUUUUAUUUCUGAGUAUUGUAUUGGCUAUUUGAGGUUUUUUUCUGAUUGCAUGUAAAACGAAGCACCAUUUUUUCAAAUUCUUUAAAGUAUGACUAUGUUGCUUCAAUAGGGAUUGCAUUAUAUCUGUAGAUUGCUUUGCGUAGUAUGGACAUUUUAACAAUGUUGAUUCUUUCCAGCCAUGAGCAUGUUAUGUUUUUCUAUUCGUUAACAACUUCACCUAUUUCUUUUCUCAAAGUUUUAUAAUUCUCUUCAUAGAGUUCUUUAACAUCCUUUGUUAGGUAAAUUCCCAGAUAUUUCAUCCUCUUUGGCACUACUGUAAAAGGAAUAGAGUCCUUGACUAUGCUUUCAGCUUGACUAUGCUUUCAGCUUGACUAUUAGCAUAUAUAAAAGCUAGUGAAUGUAAGUAUUGAUUUUGUAUCCUCAGACGCUGCUGUGUUCCUUUAUGACUUCUUUUUUUUUUUCUUUAUUGAGACAGAGUCACACUUUGUUACCCUCCAUAGAGUGCUGUGGCGUCAUAGCUCACAGCUUUCUCAAAUUCUUGGGCUCAACGAUUCUCAUGCCUCAGCCUCCCUAGUAGCUGGGACUACAGUCACCCACCACAACACCCAGCUAUUUUUGUUGUUGUUGUUGUUUAGCAGGCCCCGGCCAGGUUCAAACUGAUCAGCCCCAGUGCAAGUAACCACUGAGCAGUGGGCCCCUUUAUGACUUCUAAGAGUUUUGUAGUUGAGUCCCUGGGGUUUUCCAGGUACAGGAUCAUAUCAUCAGUGAGAGUUUGAUCUCUCCUGACCCUAUUUGGAUACCCUGGAUCACCUUCUCUUGCCUGAUUGUGAUGGCUAAGGCUUCUAUUACUGGGUUGAAUAGCAGUGGAGACAAUGGGCAUCCUUUCCUAGUUCCUGAUCUGACUGGAAAUGUUUUCAAUUUUACUCCAUUCAAUAUCUUAUUGAUUGUGGAUUUGCUGUAGAUGUCCUGUAUCAGUUAAAGAAAUGUCCCGUCUAUGCCUAUUUUCUUAAGUGUUCUGAUCAUGAAAGGAUACUGGCUAUUAUCAAAAGCUUUUUCUGCAUCAAUUGAGUGACUCAUAUGUUCUUUGUUUUUUUAUUUGAUGUAUCAUAUUUAUAGAUUUGUGUGUGUGCGUGUGUGUGUGUGUGUGUGUGUUUGUUUUUUUGAGACAGAGUCUCAAGUGUCACCCUGGGUAGAGUACCGUGGUGUCACACCUCAUGGCAACCUCCAACUUUUGAGCUUAAGCAAUUCUCCAGCCUCAACCUCCCAAGUAGCUGGGAUUACAGGUGCCUGCCACAAUACCUAGCUAUUCUUUUGUUGUAGAUGUCAUUGUUAUUUGGCAGGCCCGGGCUGGAUUCAAACAUGCCAGCUCUGGUGUAUGUGGCUGGUGCCCUAGCCUAACUAUAGGCGUCAAGUCUAGAUUUGCAUAUGAACCAACUCUAUAACCCUGAAAUAAAACCAACUUGAUCACCGUGUAUAAUUUUUUGAUGUGUUAUUGAAUUCUGUUUGUUAAAAUCUUAUUGAAUAUUUCUGGAUCAAUAUUCAUUUAUUAUAUCAGUCUCUAAUUUUCUUUCUUUCUUGGAUCCUUUCCUGGUUUGGGAUCAGGGUGAUAUUUGCUUCAUAGAAUGUUUUGGGAAGUAUUUCUUCUUUUUCUAUGCUUUGGAAAAGGUUGUAUAAUAUAGCUACUAGUUCCUCUUUAAAGGUAUGAUAGAAUUUGGAUGUGAAGUCAUCCAUUCCCAGACUUUUCUUUCUUGGGAGACUUCGUAUUGUUGAUGCUAUUUCAAUGAUUAAUGUGAGUCUAUUCAAGAUUUCUAAUUCUUUUUGGUGGAGUCAAGGAAGGUGGCAGUUUUACUUUUCUGUUUCUGGUUAGGUUGGCCAAAGGAUUAUCACUUAUAUUAAUCUUUUCAAAAACCCAGCUUUUUGUUUCAUUCGUCUUCUGAGUAAUUCUUUUGUUUUCAGUUUCAUUUAAUUCUGCCCUACUAUUGGUUAUUUCUUUUCUUUUGCUGGGUUUGGGGUUGGCAUGUUCUUCCUUUUCCAGUUGCUUGAGAUGAUCUAUUAAGUUGUUGCCUUCCUCUCUUUCUGUUUUCUUGAUGAAGGCUCCCAAUGAUACGAAUUUCCCUCUUAGAACUGCCUUAGCAGUAUCCCACUGGUUUUGAUAAUUCGUGUCUUCAUGAUCAUUUUGUUCCAAAAAUUUGGUGAUUUCUUCGUAAUCUUAUCUUUGACCCAGCUAUCAUUCAGCCUAAGAUUAUUUAGUUUCCAUGACUUUGUUUGAGUAUGAAGAUUCUUGUUGCUAUUAUGUUAACUAGUGUGAUGAAAAUGUGUCAAACGAUCUAUGAACCAAGUGUAUGGUGCCCCAUGAUCAUUAAUGUACACAGCUAUGAUUUAAUAAAAAUAAAAAAAAAUAAAAAUAAAAGAUUCUUGUUGCUAUUGAUUUCAACAUUCAUUCCAUGGUAGUCCAAGAAGAUACAAGGAUUAAUUUGUAACCUUUUAAAUUUGCUGAGGUUAGACAUGUGUCCUAAGAUAUGAUCUAUUUGGCAGGAUGAUCUGUGGGCUGAUUAGAGGAUAUAUAUAUUCAGUUUUAUUAGGAUGACAUGUUUUUGUAGAGGUCUGUUAAGUCCAUUUUUUCUAGGGUCAGGUUUAAGUCUAAUAUUUCUUUGUUUAGUUUCUUCUUGGAGGAUCUAUGCAAAACUGUCUAAGAGUGUUAAAAUCUCCAACUAUUAUGGUGCAGGAAGAUAUCAGGUUGUUCAUAUCCGUUAAGCUUUGCUUUAUAAAUUGAGGAGCAUUCUGGUUAUGUGCAUAAAUGUUCAUUAUCGAAAUCUCUUCAUGUUGGGUGUUUCCCUUGAC